GAGUAUUCAGUCUGUACCUAACCACGGUACGAAGCUCGACGCACGACGAUUUUGUCGUUUGACGGUUUUCUCGUUUUGUUUAUUAACCUAUUGGCUCGAGUGAUGAGAGGCUUUGAAGAUAAACGUAGAGAAAGCAGCAACAAGGGCAAAUGAACUAGAUAUCGGGGGCCGCAGAGCUCUUUAUCACGAAAUAGCUGAUAAACUAUUCCCCAGGGAAUUCAAUAUGAAUGGGAACCUGUCGAUUGAGAUUGACAAAUGAUCCGAUCGUUGUUUCCCUGAAAUUGUGCAAAGUGUUGAUGCUGUGACAGAGAAAAUUCGAGUAAACAAAUUUUCCUCUCAGUGAACAAAAGCGACGCUCGAACAAAAUGAUAUUCGAGUUGCUCGAAUGAUUGCAUUCAUUUUUUUAAGCACGUGCUCGGUAACGAAGAGAUUUUGAAAACGAUUACACAAACUUUUAGUCCGAGUGAUCGAUGGAUACAAUUUUAAUAUUCCGGAAAGGAUUAAUCGAUGUUGGAGAAAUUUCAAUUUGAUAUGAUCAUGUGCAACAACGAGGUGGACCAAGUCAUCACGGUUUUUUCGACUUCCUAAUAUUUUGACGCUUCAAUUGAGCGACGGUCCGCAUCAGCAACGAGCAAAAUGCCAUCACCGUGGGUAUCGCUUGCGCUCGUUCUUCAACUGGUCGUUUUGGCUCGGGGAACCGAAGAUUUUCGACACAUUUCUUACGAAGAUCUGGCUGACAGGAGCAUUCUAUUCAAGGCCGAUGGGGUCACAACCUAUUCGCAAUUGCUUUUCGACGUUGCCAGACAACAAGUCGUCGUCGGUGCUCGAGAUAAUCUCUAUCGCUUGACCCUCGAUGCACUCAAGCCUCUGGAACACGCAACGUGGCCUGCACCACCAGAGAAAGCUUCGGUAUGCCAGGACAAAGGUCAAACCUCGCAAGAUUGUCACAAUUACAUCAAAGUAUUACUGAGCAAUGGCAAAUCCCUAUUCACCUGCGGUACCAACGCUUUCAGUCCGCAAUGCACGUGGAGAGAGAUCGAGAAUAUAAACACGGUGACGAGUCGAGUGUCCGGCGUGGCAAUGUGCCCGUACUCACCUCACGCUAACGUGACAGCUCUUUUGGCACGUGGAAAUGCUGGCCUCUUCGCUGGAUCUUCGACUGAUUUUUCAGGCGCCGAUCCCGCCAUUUAUCGCACCCUCGCCUCACCCAAUCUUCGAACUCAUCAAUACGAUUCGCGGUGGCUCAACGAUCCCCAGUUCGUGGGAAGUUUCGAAACCGAAGAGCACGUGUACUUCCUUUUCCGUGAAUCAGCUGUCGAGUACAUCAAUUGUGGAAAGAAAAUAUACUCGAGAAUAGCUCGAGUUUGUAAGGAAGACCCGGGUGGCCAGACGAUGAUGAGAGACACAUGGACAACCUUCAGUAAGGCGCGUCUAAAUUGCUCACUUCCGGGUGAAUUUCCGUUUUACUACGACGAAAUACAGGGAGCAGCUUAUCAUCCUGACGAGGGUAUUAUUUAUGCAACUUUCACUACCCCGAGCAACGCGAUAGCGGGCUCGGCUAUUUGUGCCUUCAACAUGUCCGCCGUGGCUGCGGCAUUCAACGGGCCAUUCAAACAUCAAGAACAUUCGGGAGCGGCGUGGGAGAGAAAACGCGUUGCUAAUCACAACCGUCAACACUGCGGCUCGUCGGUGAAAAAUGAGCCGCAUCAGCUAACGGAAAAUCAAAGAUAUCAACUUAUGGACGACUCGGUUCAGAGUACGAGUCUCCUUCCUCUCCACACGGCAACCUUGGAAAGAUUCACGCACAUUGCGGUCGACGUAACACCGACGAAGCUCCAUCGCGGCGUGACAAUUCUUUACGUCGCGACGGUGACCGGUCUAGUGAAAAAAAUAAGCGUUUUGCCCCGAACCCAAGAAACCUGCAUCGUCGAAGUUUGGGGUCCCCUGCCCUCGCCAGCUAUGACCUUGCAAUUUCUCAAAACCACCAUGUCCCUUUACGUGGGAAUGGAGACGGGUCUCUUGAUGAUACCGGCGGUCCAAUGCCAUCGGCACAGAAAUCGUUGGGCUUGCUUGAACGCCCAAGAACCGUAUUGCGGCUGGAACGAGUAUUUGAUGAAGUGCGAAACGGCACCGAAUCAAAAUCAUCUUGCCAAUCAUUGGCUACAGGACGUCACCAAAUGUCCCGUUCUCACAGACCCUGUUGACGGUGGAUGGAGCGCCUGGAGUCCUUGGAAUUCCUGUCAACACGACAUCACUGAACAGACAGCCGGACGAUCAAGAUAUCAUGCAAGAUCGCACAUGGAUAAUGGCCCAGAGAAUCCCGAUUCGUGCCAAUGUCAAACUCGAGAGUGCAAUAAUCCACCCCCGCAGAAUGGCGGCGUUGGUUGUACGGGCGCAAAAGUCAAAGUAGCGAAUUGCACGGUCCACGGUGGUUGGACAGCGUGGUCGGCGUGGUCAGCCUGUUCACAGACCUGUGGUCUCGCCAUAAAAACUCGUAGACGUUCGUGCACAAAUCCAGCCCCUGCAUUCGGCGGUCGAGUUUGCCUUGGUCACGAUCACGACGAGAUUGUUUGUAUUGAUAUCCAGCCGUGCUCGGCUCCUGCCAAAGUGUCACCUCCGCCUCAAAAUGGGCAAUGGUCCUCCUGGGGACCGUGGAAUUCUUGCUCGCGACCCUGCAACGGAGGUGUGCGUAUGCGGAAAAAGACGUGCGAUAAACCGUCUCCCGGUGAAGGCGGUGCCGAGUGUCCUGGUUGCGGAUAUCAGGUCGAAGAAUGCAACACUCAUCCGUGCACCGAGACAAAGCGUUUCUCGGGUUGGACUCCAUGGUUAGCGGUGAACGCGACUCUGCAGUCAGCCAAUUCUGGUUACACCGAGAAGCGUUUCCGCUUCACGUGUCGUGCUCAAACCGACGAUCCCUCCAGCGUGCGUGUUCAGUUGGCCAAAGAGGAAGAACGAUAUUGUCGGAACGACGGAUCUUGCCUCCGAGGAAAUCCGAAUAGCAAUAGCAUGAACUCGGAAGUUAGCCCCGAUGGUGGAUGGAGCGAAUGGUCUUCGUGGCUCCCCUGCAACCAAAUUUGCGGGGGCGGAUCUCAAGAAAGGGUGAGACAGUGCGAGUCCCCACCGUGCGAAGGAAUGUCAAAGCAGACUCGAAUAUGCAACACACAUGCGUGCCGGAGUGGAAACUUGGGUAACGAGUGGUCGUGUUGGACCGACUGGACUGAGUGUUCGGUCUCCUGUGGAAUCGGUAUACGGACGAGAAGUCGUGAGUGUCUAAGCUCAAGCGACUGUGAGGGCCCGAGUACGGUCCGCGAAUCGUGCGAAAUGCCGAGCUGCGAAUCCCUCCAGGGAUGGGACGAGUGGACGCGUUGGUCACCCUGCGAAGGGGCGGAAAAACAAUACCGAAAACGUCAGUGCCUUCAGCCCGGAACUGGCACUUGCCAAGGUCUCAGUAGAGAAAUCCGCGAUUGCCUUUCUGAAAAAAUCAUAAAUGAUAUAACCUCGAACGCAUUGCCCCGAAGCAUCGAAGCGGCUGGAGUAUCAGUCGGUGCGGUAGUCGGAGGCUGCAUUGUUGGCUUCCUCAUCGGUCUGGCUCUCGCAGUGGUGGUUUGUUUUCUUUAUCUGAAAAGAAAAAAGCCACUAAUACCCGGUAGUCCUCACUACAUCAGCAAACAAAAUCCAUACGUGUCCGUACCACUCAAAGAGGGAGCUCGAUUUGGUUCUCAGGUGAAUUCAGCUAAACGACAGCCGAGCUUUUCUGGGAGCAGCAACGGCAACGGGACGCUCAGACCAAAAGCGAAUCCCAACGUAAAUGGAUUGGGAAGUCCAAAGCUCUAUCCCAAAAGUCUGGAGUACGAAUCGGCAACGUUGAAACGCAAUAGUCACGGACAGCAACAUAUUCGUGCCGAUCUCGAUCAAGACAAAUAUUAUUGAACGAGGGAAAUCCCUGAGGGAAAGAAAGACAGGAAAAUGCGUACGAGUCUCGGAAUUUUAACAAUCUUAUCUCCCGAGACGGGCAUUUUUAAAAAAAGUUUCAUCUUCAUUUAAAAAUCACCACCAGUGAUCAAGCAUUCAAUUGUUAAAAUCAAAAAAUUGCUCAAUGCAGGAGUUUCGAGAUUUGGAAACAAUUUUCGAUGCGCCACCGUCCGCUCAGUGCAUCGGGAAAUUUAUUAAUUCUUACGACAGGAUUUUUUUUACGAACGAGUUGAAAGUCUAUUUUUUGUUUUUUUUUUUGUACAUAGAGAGAAGGUAAAGCGAGAGAUUUUGCGAAAGAGAGAAUGAUUGUGAUUCUAUUUGUCGAUAUACAAAGCGUAAACCUUUCCGGUUGGAAGCCGAUAUCGAAAAAAAGAAAUAUUUACUUUUGUUACGAAAGAGAAUCGCGUAUGUUUGCGGUAAUUUAUUUACUACCAAUUGUGUCACAUUUUGGCAACUUUUCAUUCAUGCAUAGGCUCAAUUUUUAACCACUUAUUUCCUAGAACAAUGACAAACACUUAAUAUGAAGAUUCCCAAAUUGGAAAAAAGACAAGUCAAAGAUUUUCGGACUUUAUUCCGUUGCAGAUAAAAAAUGAAAAAUUGGCAAUUUUGUGGCUGCUUGGAUGACAAUUGGUAAGAAAUGAAUCACAGGAAAUAGCGAAGGGAAUUUUUUCUCUUCAAAGUAAAAAACCCAUGUUCCAAUUGAUCACGCAUUUGUAUCAAGCUUCACCGAUUUUGUGGAAACGUAUUUCUUCCCCAAUUCUCAACGCACAAGCCAUAGCAAAAAGUGAUAUUUUUUGCGGUUCUGCCAUUUUAAUUGAUCGAUAAAAAUUGUAGGAUAAAGAUCGUUGUACAGUCAGCAACGUGGAGCCCAAUUUUUUUCAGGCAUUUCGAAAUGUCACAAGCUUUUAUAUUAUCAACUCCGAUCGAUUCAUUCAAGUUUCAUCAUUUUUUUCGUUUUCUAACGAACAAUGAAAUACUCGUUUCAAUCAAGGCACGACGAACUUAUCAAGCUCAAUGUCACAGCUGUUGAGGACAUUUUUGUUAUUUUCCUUCAAACUUCUCGUGACCAAAGGGAGAAAUGUUGAUUUUUUUCUCAUAUUUUUGUCAUACAGGAGAUUGGAUGCAAGAAAUAUUUCCAUACUUUUCGAAUACGCAUCGUAAAUAAAAAGAACGAAAUGCAAAGCUCCUCCGGAACCCUUGUACCACUCGAAUGUGACUGUACAUACGAUAUUCCCUUAAAUGUAUAGAAAUACUUACAUAAUAUUGGCAUUUUUUUUUGCUAAACAUUGCUAAACAUAUUAAUUGUUAAUUUACAUUAAAUGACAUAGUGCCAUGAUGUAAACCUGUUGUACAUAGGAGAAAAUGAAAGGGAGUGAAAAGGAGUAUGAAAAAAUAUGGAAACAUGUCUUAAUAUAGUUUUUAUAAGGAAAUAGGACGACGAGAGACGAACGAGCAGCUUUAGAUUUUAUGAAAAAGACUUGUCGCGCGACUGUUGCGCGUGUAUAAUGGCUCACAUUGAGUCGAAAUAAUGUAGUUAUAUAGCAUAUCGUUGUACACAGGCACGUGAUUAAAGGAAAAUCGCGUUAUUAUUUACUUAAAGAAGGACAUUUAUUGAAAAUGAAGAAAAAUCAGCACGUAUCGCACCAGUUUCUUAGUCCCCCGAAAUAUUUUCUAUAAACGAAUUCGUGUUACAGUUUAUUUACUUUUUUUCAUAGUAACGGAUUUUUACACACAUAGUGCUUGCGCGAAGGACUCGCGUACCCGAUGCUACAACAAUGUUAAGAUUUUCGUUAUCGUAUAGAAUCGAUAAACAUGUACUUUCCGCCUUCAAACUUAAUUGAAAGAAAACAGCCUCUUCUCUUUAAUAAAAUCGAAUACGUUGUCAGAAUA